AUGAGUCGGUUGGCUAACUGUUCUGCCAGAAAAAAGGUAGCCAUCGUCGGCAGCGGUUGUGCAGGAAUAGCUGCUCUUUGGGCUCUGAACAGAACGUACCACGAUGUCUACUUGUUUGAAGCUGCAGACCGCCUGGGUGGUCAUACCAACACCGUUCGGUGGAAAGCAGGAAAGUACUCUACCGCUGUCGAUACGGGAUUCAUCGUCUUGAACACUGCGACGUAUCCAAACUUUAUCAAUUUCCUGAAAAAGAUCAGCGUAGCAACUGAACCAACAGAAAUGUCAUUCGGAGUCUCAAGGGAUCAUGGGUUGUUUGAAUGGGCCGGCACCAGUCUCGGUGCUAUAUUCUGCCAGCGAAAAAAUCUCUUUUCCUUGCGCAUGUGGAGGAUGAUCUUUGACAUUGUUCGAUUUAACCAAUUCGCGCUCGACCUCUUAAUCAACGAGGGAGAAGAAGAUGCCGUCAAGGAGACGGACGACAUUCUUCAGUCUGUUGGCGAAACCGAGACCAUUGGCGACUACCUAGAUCGAGAGGGGUACUCGGAAGCUUUUCGAGACGACUAUCUCAUCCCAAUGACAGCAGCUGUGUGGAGCACUAGUCCGGACAAGUGCAGUCUAGAGUUUCCCGUACUGACGCUGGUUCGAUUUCUGUGGAAUCAUCACCUCCUUUCCACCAUAGCUGCUCGACCAGACUGGCUUACCUUGAAGGAAGGAUCGCAGUCAUACAUUGAUGCCGUCAUGAAGGGUUUCCCUCCCAACCACCUGUUUCUCAAAACUGCGGUGAGACGCCUCUCACACGACCAAGGUGGCAGUGUCGUCCUACACUUGGAGAAUGGAAAGACGGCCACUUUUGACCACGUCAUCUUGGCCACGCACGGUGACCAGGCAUUGUCCAUACUCGGACCCUCGGCAACGAAGCAAGAACGCGACGUCCUGUCGUGCUUCCAAACGACGCAGAACGAAGCGGUCCUACAUUCGGACCUGACUCUGAUGCCGCGUAAUCGCAAGGCCUGGUCGAGCUGGAAUUAUCUCACCCUGUCCUCCCCUUCCAAGGCCAGUGUCGACCAGGUGUCUCUCACGUACAACAUGAACAUAUUGCAGCACAUCCCUCGAGAUCCCUUUGGUGACGUUCUCGUAACCUUGAAUCCCUUGCAUCGGCCCCGGGCCGCCUUGACAAGGGCCCGAUUCUUUUACUCGCAUCCGCUGUACACCCCGGCGGCCAUUCGCGCCCAAAGGUUUCUAAAGCACAUACAGAAUAAGCGGGGAAUCAGCUAUGCCGGGGCCUGGACCAAGUACGGUUUUCACGAAGACGGUUUCAGCAGCGGCCUGCUCGUGGCGCAACAACACCUCGGCGCCAGACUUCCGUUUGAGUUCAAAGACUCAACCUACAGCCGGGGGAAGAGGCCAAAGCUGGGCCUGUUGGACCACCUUGCGCGACUGCUUAUCCUGCUGAUACAAGUCUUUGUGGUGCAGAUUUCGGAACGCCUUGCCGGCACAGACAGUCGAUCCGUUAAAGCCCGACUCGGCGGCGGCGUCAAGUUGAGACGGGCCCAGGAUUGA